AUGAAUGAUGAUAAUGAUAAAUGUUUGGGUUUUUCUCUCUCAACCCACAUGAAAAUGGAGGCUCCUGCUGCAGUCUGUUAUGGUGGAUUUCACUCACCUUUCUCAGUGAUGCCCCUCAAAUCAGACGGUUCCCGUUGCAUCAUGAAACCCCUCUCUACAUCACAUACUCAAGCACCAAAUUCCUCUCCAAAACUGGAGGAUUUUUUGGGUGCUGCAACUGUGGAAACUCAUCAAUAUGGAAGCCAUGAAACAGGAAUAAUGGUUCGUAGUUUAGACAGCAUGUUUUACAAUCAAGAACCCUUUAAGGAACAAAUAGGAGAAGAUGUUCAAGUUCAGCAGCAGCAGCAGCAGCAGCAGUACUAUUCUGCAGCGGGGUUGCAGUAUCAUGGUAUGUAUGAAACAACGGAUGAACAACAAACCCAUAAAGAAUCUCAACUUCUGGACUGUAACACUCUAGUUCCUCCAAUGUCUGAGGAUGCAAUGACAUGCUCGAAAACCUGGGUUGAUCACCAUGCACUUGAACAUCUGGUGAAUCCCAGAAUGAUUGGUGGUGGUGGUGGUGGUGGUGCAAUGGAGUCAUUGAGCUUGUCAAUGAGUCCUGGUUCUCAGUCAAGUUGUGUUACUGCUUCAAGACAAAUUUCACCAACUGAGACUGAAGGUUUGGAAAUGGAAAACAGGAAAAGAGGACAUGAGAAAGUGACAUUAAAACCGAAAGUUCAUAGGAAAGCCAUUGAUAGUUUUGGUCAAAGAACAUCUCAAUAUAGAGGUGUAACUAGACAUCGAUGGACGGGUAGGUAUGAAGCACAUUUAUGGGAUAAUAGUUGCAAGAAGGAGGGCCAGACUAGGAAAGGAAGGCAAGUUUAUCUUGGAGGUUAUGAUAUGGAAGAAAAAGCAGCAAGAGCAUACGAUCUUGCUGCAAUUAAGUACUGGGGACCUUCAACACAUAUCAACUUUCCGUUGGAAAACUACGAGAACGAAGUUGUACAGAUGGAAAACAUGAGCAGACAGGAAUUUGUGGCACAUUUGAGAAGGAGGAGUAGUGGAUUUUCGAGGGGUAUUUCAAUGUAUAGAGGAGUGACAAGGCAUCAUCAGCACGGACGUUGGCAAGCUAGGAUUGGCCGGGUUGCAGGGAACAAGGACCUCUAUCUCGGAACUUUCAGCACGCAGGAAGAAGCAGCAGAAGCUUAUGACAUUGCUGCAAUCAAGUUCCGGGGUGUAAAUGCAGUCACUAAUUUUGAAAUAUCGAGAUACGAUGUGGAGAAAAUCAACUCUAGUGAUACUCUUCCUGCUAGAGAGUUGGCGCGGCAAAACAAGGAGACGGAUCCUUACAGAACAGCAGCUCCUGAAAACGAGGAAUUCCAUCCGGUGGAGAGAGUUGGAAAUGUUACUAACUGGAAAAUGGUGCAAAAUGCUUCUGUUGAAUCGCUUGGGGACAAAAUGAUGUACAAUGCUGGAAAUUAUCAAAAUUCCUCUUUCUCCGGAGCUCUGCAAGAUCUGAUUGGGAUUGAAUCAACCAAUCCCCAUACACGAAACUUUACGAGUCCAUUGUCUUUAGUUAUAGGCUCGAGGGAAACAAUUCCGGAUAAAACAGGAGGGACUGUUUUCUUUGCACAUCCUACCUCGGCAACUAACUACAUCAACUCCUCGACCAAUGUCAAUUCCUGGAUCCCGACUUCUCAGCUGAGGCCAGUUCCACUCGCCAUGUCUGACUUGCCUGUUUUUCCUUCUUGGAAUGACUCCUGA